AUGCGACUGAUAGACCCAAUCGCCGGAUAUCCUUCCGACAUGGCCACACACGACAAGGUAUAUGACGAGUCUUGGCACGCAGCUUUGAGACGCUGCGAAGCAACCCUUGAACGCCAUGACCACGAGCGGGCAUUGGGGGUGAAGUCAAUCCAAGACUUCCGGGACGAGUUGGAAAAGCUCACGGCUGAGUAUCAAGAUCGGGAGUCGCACGACGCAAUUAGAUUGAUCCAUCCAGUUCUUGAUCACUAUGAAACUUUCGCGAAAAACUUUGUGAGCAUGAUGGCGCAUCCAGUCGACACAUCGAUGAUGUGGGGAUUGCUCUUUCUGGUGUUCAAACUGGCUCUAGGUGAAAGCUCUCCAGCUAGUCAAUCGACGUUCAACCCCUUGACGGAAAUCAAGAAAUGGUUAGACAGAAUCGGACACAAACUAGAGGUUUCGAACGACUGCAAGAAUUCUAUCCCCGACUCCGAUAUUCGAAGGGUCCAAAAGGAUACGGUUGAGGUCAACACAUACAUCGUCGAUCUCUGGCUCGAUAUCAUCAUGGCAUUUCGGAACGAAGGACAGGGGCACGAGGUGCAGACAGUCUCUCUGAACGAAACCGCGUGGGACAAAUUGACGAUCAAGUUCAAUAUCGCCUACCAGAACAUUGACGAAGCGACUAAACGAAUCUCGCGAGUAGCGGAAAUGGCGGAGAAGCAAGCGCGUAAGAUGCACGAGAUGGAGGUCAUGCAGCGUUUAUUGACUAUGGGAGAAGCAAAACAAGACAGAAUACGUCUUCCAUGCAACAAUCUGCCCGUGGCAAAGAACAAACAGUUUUUUGGCCGGAAAGAGAUCUUACAGAAGUUGGACAACCACCUACAACCAGCGAGCACGCAGAAGCCCCUAUCUUCUAUAGCUUUGUAUGGCCUGGGGGGCAUCGGGAAGACGCAAAUCGCACUUGCCUACGCAUACCAUAAGCUUGAUGAUCUGGAUGCUGUCUUCUGGAUAUCCGCACAAGACUUACACUCAAUCCAACAGAGUUUCAGCCGGGUUGCUCUUGAAGCUCUUAAGCUCCCUGAUGCACGCCCGCAUGCUUACCAAGAGAACAUGAUCUUGGUUCUGACCUGGAUGCAUACGACAAGUUCGAAAUGGCUUCUUAUAUUCGACAAUGUUGACACACACGACGCGCUCGAUAACUGUUGGCCUGCAUCUAAGCAUGGAGCAAUUCUUGUUACUACCAGGGAUGUUCUAGUUGCUACUCUCCCUAUCGACAAAGGCCUGGAGAUUGAGGAGUUCGGGACAGAUGAUGGGGCGGAAUUUCUACUCCAGAUGGCCUCUACCAGAAAACGAACCCCCGGUGAAAACGAGACUGCACAGCAAGUUUCGACUUUACUUGGCGGCUUACCGCUGGCUUUGAAUCAAAUGGCAGCUCUCAUUAAUGCGAGGAGUUGCUCUAUUGAGGAAUUCCAGGCCAUGUACAUCAAGCACGAGCAGCAUUUGCACAAGCAGAAAAAGAACGGAUGGAAAUACCUAGGGUACCAGCAUUCCCUCGACACGGUCUUCGAGAUGUCUUUCGCCAAUCUCAAGAAAGACGCAAAAGCCUGUCUUGGGGUCUUGAGCUUUCUCUCCGCAGACUCGGUGCCGUCGGAGAUGUUCAUGGUGGCAGAUCCCUCAGACUUGCCUGACUCACUUGCUUUCUGCGAAAAUGAAUUUAGGAAGAACAUUGACAAGGACACGUUCCGCAUCCACCGUCUGGUGCAAUCGGAGUACCGAGCAAGAAUGGAUGAUCGACAAGAGCAGUUUGAUGCUGCGACCAAGCUACUGUUGCGAAAGUUCCCUGGUGAACGCGAGAACAAAUACGACAAUGAGGAAUGGAUCCUGUAUGAGAAAUACAUUCCACAGGUCCUUGCUCUAUCCAGGAACUACGCCGAUUCGCAAAGCAAACCGAACCCCUUAAAGGCCAGCAUGGACUUCGUCAACCUCCUCGUGAAUGCGGCAAAUGGCAUACAUGACAACGAUACUACAAACUCGGUGGUCGGUUUACUCGAGACCGCCGACCUUGCUUACAGCCAUUGUCCCGAAGAUGAACAAGACAGAUUGACAUGGGCGCAUUUGCAGUCGUUGAAGUGCAUGUAUCACUUUUGCACCUCGGAGUUCUCCAGAUCUGAGAGGGAGAUGACCCAAGGUCUCGAGAUUCGGCUUGAGAUACUCGAGCCCCAUGAUUUGCUACUUGCUCUUUCAUACAGCUGGCUCGGCAUGGCAGUCGGCGCCCAAGAACGAUAUGAAGAGGGUCUUGACCUUUUGUUGAAAGGUAGAAAGAUUCUCGAAGGGCCGGCCGGCAAGAUUCCAACUCGAAUGAUGGUCUGGAGUUUCAACACUUCGAGGAACUACUACUGCAUGGGUAGAUUCGAAGAGGCAGAGGAUCUCUUGUCCAAAGCGCUCGCAGCGGCAGAAGAACUGGGCGGAUGGUAUCAGCUUGCAUACGCCCAUCUCACUUUUGCCUCGCUUCGAACGAGGAUGGAUAGGCUCGAUGAUGCGAACUCCCACGUCAACACUACCAAACACAUUCUGGAAACGUCUGGAAUCGCUGCUCGUUUUAGCUGGCUGAGCUCAUACUGCGCAUACCGCGCCGGAGAUGUAGCCAUGAAGCAAGGUCGUGUACAGGAUGCUAUAAACGAGACAGAGAGAGCUGCGACUAUCGGAAGACUUGUAAAAGUACCUAUCGGUAUUCUAUGCCGAUGCAUCCAUGCCUACUCUAAAGCUCUCUCUUUGGAUCCUGCGCGCAAGGAGGAAGCGGAGUAUCAGCGGCAGGAGGCAAGGCGAGUACGCUCGCAGAUACUAGGUGACCACGGCGAUUUGGAUGACGAGAGUGACCGAGCUUUUGAUAAGCUUGAAGCGCAUACGCCAUUACACGUCUUUGACGGAAAAAGACGAUGGAGACGUUUGCUGAAGCCUUCCAUCCUCAUUGGGCUAAUUUGGGAGAACGAGCUCGGAAACCUAGGGACUGCUUUUCACGAGACUCCGAAGUUUGCGAACUUGCAGCCAUGGUCUCCCUACCCAGUUGCCCCAGAUAGACUCAAGACGUCACCGCAAGACGCCUUGUCGGACCAUGAACUAGGGCUGGUACUCGGACUCAAGGCAGAGCCGCAGAGCCACAGAGACACUGAUUCGAAAGGGGGCAUUUAUGGUCCUGCGACAUUCAUCCGCUUCAUGCGCAUCUGUACGCGGGCGAAGACUUGGGCCUGCUUGGACGCUGGUUUCAUCUCUCUUCAUCCAGGAACAGCACUCUCGCGGGAGGACGUAAUGAAUCUAGGUUCCGAGCCAGCCUCUCUAGAGAUAUCCUACUUCGACGGUGUACCAUACCUCAGGCUUGACGUAUCCCCAGAUACAUCUGGACCCCCCGUGACAGGCGACCUAAUUGUCAAGCUUAGUAGUGCGACACGAGUCGGUGAUUCAGAUGAUAGAAAAAAAAUCAGGAAGCUCCUGAAAGCCCCUCGCGAACCCCUCCUCUUGUCCAUCUCAAACUGCUUCAAGGCUGGCACUUUAGAUCGCAAACUGAGUUUGAAGCAGUGUUUGCUAGGUACGAUACCCGUUGCCGGCUGUUGCGAGCAUCACACACAGGCGAUCGACCUCUUCACUGGCUGGUCUUAUUGA